AUGGGCCGGCGGCGUCGCCGGGAGGCGGCGGUCGCGGGCACCGGGGACAGCAGCGCCGCCAGCAAGAGGUCGGCCGCCCAGCUGGGCUACACCCGCGACCCCUUCGCCCCCCGCCUCGCCGCCCCCCGCCCGGCCCGGCGCCGCGCCCCGCCCAUCCACCGGGGCUACUACGUCCGGAGCCGAGCAGUGGACCACUGUGCGGGCGCCUUCCUGCAGGCCCCUGGAGGGCACAGGCAGAUCCUCUCCUUGGGCUCCGGCCUGGACUCGCUGUACUUCUGCCUGAAGGCCCGGGGGCUCCUGGGGGAGGCCGCCUUCUUCGAGGUGGACUUCCCGGACGUGGCGCGCCACAAAGCAGCCCUGAUCGCGACGCAGGGGGAGCUGGCCGCCGUGGCGGGAUGCAGAGCUUUGGAUCGGGAGUCAGGAGCUGUCCAUUUUGCAGGAGAAGAUUACAGGCUGCUGGGGGUGGAUCUUGCUGAGCUUCCAAAGCUGGAGGAAGCCUUGUCUUGUGCUGGCUUAGACCCCCAAGCGCCCACCAUGCUGCUGGCAGAAGUGGUGCUCACCUACAUGGAAGUCGAAAGAUCAGAUGCCCUGAUUCAGUGGGCAGCCAGGCAUUUCUCACAGGCGUGGUUCGUCCUCUAUGAGCAGAUCCAUCCUGAGGAUCCUUUUGGACACGUUAUGCAGAACCAUUUCAGACGGUGCAACUCACAGCUCUGCUCCUUGGCCCAGUACCCUGACCUGAAGGCCCAGCAAAUGCGUUUCCUGCAGAAGGGAUGGGCUGAAUGUCACGCCAUUGACAUGAAUGAGUUCUUUGCCUGCUUUGUCUCUGGAGAUGAGCGACGGAGGAUCCAGGCCUUAGAGCCCUUUGACGAGUUUGAGGAAUGGCACUUGAAGUGUUCCCACUACUUCAUCCUGGUUGCAUCGAGAGGAGAGGGGUUGCGUCGGGCUCCUGUGUUUCCUGGCGUGGAAGAGAAAGCAUUCCCUGGCUUUGCUGGGAUGGUUGCUGCGUCCGUUUGCGCUGCAGACAUGGGAAUCACCGGCCUGAGACGAUACGGCCACCGCUCCGUGCGCAUUGCACCACACGUGAUCCUUACCACAGGAGGUUUUGGUGACCAUGGUGGCCGUCAUUGCCGCCUGACUGACCUGCAUGCCCUGGUCAAGGAUGGAGAAAAAUGGACCAGUGGUGACGUCUGCCUGGCCAAGUCUGGGAACUCCUGGGACGGGCGGCUGUUCCACACAGUGACCCUUCUGCAGCCAGGCUGGGCCGUAGUGCUGGGGGGGCGCCUGUCCCCGGUGAGUCCUGCUCAGGAGGUUUGUGGCUUGAGAAUGCUGGAGGCAGAUGGUUCCUCCACCCCCCUGAGCUGCCCGGUUGUGGAGCUCACGCGACUGCCACCUGUUGAGGACCCAGCUUUGCCACGCUGGAGACAUACAGCAACGGAAGUUGUGCAUCGAGGGCAGAGAUACCUAUUUGUUUAUGGCGGCCGUGGCUCUGGGCAGUCUGUGCGGGCAGACUGGGGCUUCCUGCACGCGGAGGAGCUCCGUUGCCGACAGAUUCCUGUGGAGGGUCCAGUGCCCGUUGGCCGCCAUUCGCACAGUGCAUGCGGGUGGGCAGGCGGCGUUCUCAUUGCAGGUGGUCUGGACGCAAUGGAAAGGGCCCUGGGCAGCGUCCUGUGUCUGAAGCCAACGGAGAGUGGCUUCCAGUGGUGCCCUGUGGAGACCCAUCCCCCACUCACCCCAAGGUACUCACACACUGCUCAUGUGCACCGUGGGAAGCUGUUGCUGGUGGGCGGAGUCUGGUUUCAUGCUCCUUCAGUGCCUGGUGUGGCCGUGAUCGAUCUGGCAACAGGGUUCACCGCAGAAUAUGGCAUGGACACGGCAGGGCUGGAGUGGCCUCUGAUGUUACACAGCCACAGCAGUGUCUUCAUGCCGGAGGAGGAGGAGGUCCUCGUUAUGGGUGGCGGAGGCAACUGCUUCUCCUUCGGGAGUCAUUUGAACCGCCACCCCGUCCGUUUGGCCCUUGGGGAUAUCUUGACUGGGCUCUUGACAACCCCCGGUGCCAUAGCCAAGCGUUUCCACUUCUGCAUUGCUCCCGUCCCCAUCUGCUGUUGCCUGAACGGUGACUUUUCUGGGAUGCUUCUCCACUGGCUCAGAGAUGCUCAACCAUGGCCCAUGUUGUCACCCUUCGGGCCCUCCGCCGUGGAAUCCAAGAGCACAGUCAGCAUCCUGGACGACAUCGGCAGCAUGUUCGACGACCUCGCGGACCAGCUGGAUGCCAUACGAGCACACCGGAACCUCUUCACCUAUGACAUAACUCAGACUCCAGAGACCUCCUUGGCUGGUAUUGCUGUCGUCCAGCAUGGGUACUCGGCCUACAACGUUGACGUGGGGUGGUGUGAGAUCCAGAACAGUACAAGCACCCGAGAUCGUUCGGAGGUCAAGGAACGAGAAGAGCUCCCACAUUUCAGGAUGGGAAGACUGAACUUCCAGAGUUCAGGCCUCGUAUGCCUCAAAGUUCCACCCGUAUGA